GGAUGAUGAUGAAUCAAAUGUAAUGGCAAAAUUAAAAGCUGAAAACAUACCUUAUCAUACGAUGUAUUUAUUCAUUGUCAAAAAUCAACAAUGUACAAGUUUAGCCAAGACAGGUAAUCCUGAUGAAAGUGCAAAGUUGGAAGAUCAGGUGACCAGUAAAAGAUUUCAAAGUAGUUGUUGUGAGUGGAUAGCCGGAAUUAUCAAUUGUGCUUGGGAGUGUACAACCUAG